UUUCAUUUGGUUUCAAAAGCUUUCUUGGAAAACUUAGAUGGAAAAUUAGUGCUAAGAGUGCUAUUCGUCUUUAAGGAUCUCAUGCAGCAGGCUACAAAGUAUCAACGCGAUUUCAAUACCCAGAGCGACCUGUGGGAUUUGGCAGCCAACAACAACAACGAUCAUCGAGCAAAUCGACCAGCUUUAGUUCGAAAGGAUUCAGCUUACAACAAGAAUUCCUGGAAGAGUAAAACCAAAAGAAACUUUGAUGAGAUCGAUAAGGCUUCCGUCAGUUUUGGCAUACUCAAUCCACUUGUAUAGUUGACUUUUGACUAAGACUUGUAUACGAAUAUAUAAUUAACGCAAAUUCGCUUUGUGUCAGGGGAAACAAGAAACAUAAAUAUACUCAACAGCAACUAGGAAAACGAAAAUAUUUGUAAAUAUAUACA